CUCCCUUUCUCAGAAAUGAACUGUUGAUUCUUAAUUCCACUAGAGAGCUGGGAUUCAGCUGUAAUCAUUCACUGAGACAGGACGUGGAGAUCACCGAGGCACUCUCACCAUUUAACAAGAAGCAAAGUCAUUGCAAGCAUUUCCUUCUUUCCUUGAUGAGAAAAAUGAGCUGGGUGUUCCUAUGUGAUCUGCUGAGUGGAGUGAAUAAAUACUCAACAGGAAUUGGAAGAAUUUGGGUAGCUGUUGUGUUCCUGUUCCGCUUACUGGUUUAUGUUGCUGCUGCAGAAAACAUCUGGAAACAUGAACAUGAUGAAUUUGAGUGCAAUAUCAAGCAGCCUGGUUGUGAAAAUGUCUGCUUUGACCAUUUUUUCCCCGUCUCUCACAUCAGACUUUGGGCUCUGCAAUUAAUCAUGGUCUCCACCCCUUCACUCUUGGUUGUCUUUCAUGUUGCUUACAGAGAGAACAGAGAGAAACACCACAACCAGAAACUUUACAAAAAUCCAGGAAAGACAGAUGGUGGAUUGCUGUGCACUUACCUUAUCAGCCUCAUUUUAAAAACAGGACUUGAAAUAUUUUUUCUUGUUCUGUUCUAUAAAUUGUACAACGGAUUCAAAAUACCACGCCUUGUGAAAUGUAACAUAAAACCAUGUCCCAAUACUGUAGACUGUUAUAUUUCCAAACCCACAGAGAAGAUGAUUUUCCUCUAUUUUCUGGUGGCAACUUCAUGCCUAUGCAUCGUAUUAAAUGUAAGUGAACUGAGUUAUCUGGUGUUCAAAUACUCCAUACAAUGUUAUCUGAAGAGACACGUGAAGAAUGAGCAAGGCUCAAAAAGCAAUUGCUGUGAAUCAGAACUCAUCAGGCACAACAGAGCAGCAGCUGCAGGACGACUCCACAACAGCUCAUCAUCUUUGCCUCUGAAUAUGCAAGAUGAACAUGAAAAACAUUCCCCGCUGACUUGAAAGAAGGCUGGAGAUCACCCUCCCAUAGCACAAGCUGGUUUUGACAAAUUGCUUUUCCAAUCAGUGCUUUGCAGAACUAUCCUUUGAAAGGACAGUUACAUAGGAAGUGCUGUUUCUCUGUUAGUUCCCCAUUACUUGAGCUGAUAAAUUCGGUUACAUUAUGUAUGUCGAACAUAGAAUCACUGAGACCUUUUCAUGUUCAAAUAAGAAAUGCAAAAGUUCUGAGAAUUCCAUGAAGCUUUAAUAUAAACACAGAUGCUUAUGAUAAAUCAUGCUGAAACAAUUGCUCAAACAGUUGUGUACUGAAUAUUACACAGAAUUGCUUUGGUACAAGCAAAAAUAGGCUUUUUAUUUGCAGAGAUAGGAAGAACCUGGGAUUGAUUAAGAUGAACAGCAAGGG